GUUCCAACAGCGAAUGAAAGAACGGAAGUGCUUUGAUGUUCCGCGGAAGCGGAAGCGCGCCCCUGGAGGACUAUGGCGGCGCUGGUGAGAGUGGUGAAGCACCGAGCUGGAGAACUUCAAUGGAUUUCAUUAUGCAGUGGACUGCUACAAUCAACAAUAUCUCAAGCGCAGCGGGGCAGGAUGCUUCAUGGCACUCUCCAGAGACACAAGAACGGCCGAUCACAACUAACCAAAGUUUGCUGUGGGUUAAUGCACACCAUUGGUGCAGCAGAACAGCCAAACAGGACAUUUCAUCACACAAAAAAGCUUCCUGCAACCAAAGAUUCUGUUCAGACUGCUGAAGAGAAAGUGGGUGCUUUCACAAAAAUGAUAGAAGCACUGGGUUUCACAGGACCACUAAAAUAUAACAAAUGGAAAAUUAAAAUAGCAGCACUGCGCAUGUACACAUGCUGUGUGGAGAGAACAGAUUAUGAGGAGUUCUUUAACAAAUUUCAGAUGCCUGACACUUUGAAUUCGUGGUUUUUAAUAGCACAACUUCAUGUCUGGAUGUGUUUAGUACGAAUGAAGCAAGAGGGUCGAGCAGGGAAAUACAUGUGUCGCUAUAUAGUUCAUUCUAUGUGGGAAGACGUUGAGCAACGGGGCAAGGUGAUGGGGAUUGAUUCUGUUGCCCUGAAAGAAAGUCUGAAGAACAUGACAGAGAACUUCUAUGCAGCUAUUUUUGGAUAUGACGAGGGAAUCUUAUCAGAUGAUCAUGUACUUGCAGCAGCCAUCUGGAGAAAUAUGUUUAAUAAACAAUGUGAUGACCCAAGGCUUCUAGAAAUAAUGGUGGAAUACGUGCGCAGGCAGGUGCAGCACCUGGAUGCCAUUCCUGGAGAAGACCUGCUGUUGUCUGGAGAAAUUACUUGGCGCCCCCUCGUGGAAACAAAUGCUCAAAGCAUCGUCAAGCCAGCAUCUCCUACGUACAAUGAUGAAGGACUCUGAAACAUCUGUUGCUGAUGGUGUCUUUCAGUUGCUGGAAGCGGGAUGACCAAUGUUGUGGAGCUCUUGAUGAGGAAAAGAAUAAAUGCAGUAUUUGCGAUUUGAAAGACUAAUACUUCCUUAUGUGUAAUAAUUUCCACCUUUAGCAAACCUGGAAAACAGUGUACUUUUAGUAUUAUAUCUGUGGUGAAAAUGCUGCUAGUUCAUUUGAAGAAUCCCUCGCUGAUAUGUUAUCCAGUAGUCCCUGGCUCACGGGUUCUGAGAGGGAGCUUUCAUCUUUGGAAGGCGCAAUAGUUUACCAAAGCGACAUGACAAGCUGGCUUCCUUUUGUCUGGCAAGAGGGAAGCAGCUGCCUCAUGCCGUUGUUCUCUCUUCUCUGACACAGGGAAGCAUAAGUAAGGAUGUAGCUAUUUGGAUGUAUCAUGAAUUUUUGUACAAGCGUUCAGUCUCAGCACAAACAAGAUACCAGAAUUGCGAAGUCUGAAAAAAAAAUGGGUUAGGGUUUCUGAAAGGAUGGCCUUUGAAUUCUCAUCUGAUAUCCGAAUGAAGAUUAUAGAUGGUAUGGCCAAAGGACCACUUCCUUGCUUACACCUGUGGCAUGGGAGAAGAGAUGCUUUGACCCAAAUAGGCAAGACAGAACUUGGGGCCACACCUAAAAUCAAUUGCUCAUCUUGCCAUUGUUGUCUUCCUGCUAUGUUCUGAAAGCUUUGCAGUAUGAGCAGUGUUUCCUGUUAAUUGGUUUGCCUGGGAUCCUAUCUGAUGAAUAAUUUGACCAGGUGGUGGUUUUCCCAGCCUAUUUUUCAAAAUGGCACCUUUACUCAAGAUUGGCCUUUUCUGUAUUACAUAAGGAAGUUAUUCCUUUUGUAAUUCCAUUAUUACAUUAGAGGAAGAACUUCCUUCAUCCCUCUUAUGAUCAAAAUCGUAAUCUAUGGGGGAGAAAAAAAUGUUUUCCUUACCAUGUAAUGCCUUUGUUGAGAAACUGGGAAAUAGUUCUCUGGUACUUUAGGAGUUUGAUCCUAAUAAAUGUACUGAAAACAA